UUUCAUUUUCCCUCACUUUCUCACAUUGCUGUUGACGAUGGCGAUAGAGUUGCCGGUUGCGGUGGUCACCAUAGCGACUGCGGCCUUGGCUUUGGCAACCCGCAAUUCGGCGUUUCAGCCCCGCUCUCGGCCCGGAGCUCUGUCCGGCCAGUGGGCCUCUGGACACACGGCACAAUUUGAUUAUGAGACUCGGUAUUUCCAGCAGAAGGUUGAUCACUUUGGUUUUGCUGAAGAUGCUACAUUCAAGCAAAGGUACUUGAUAGCAGACAGAUAUUGGAAUCACAAUGGCGGCCCCAUUCUUUUCUAUACAGGGAAUGAGGGCGACAUCAUAUGGUUCUGUAACAAUACGGGUUUUAUGUGGGAGGUAUCAAAGGAACUGGAAGCCAUGUUAGUGUUUGCUGAACACCGUUAUUAUGGAGAGUCUAUGCCUUUUGGGGAAAAAUCAUUCAGUAAUCUUAAGCACUUGAAUUACUUCACCUCUGAGCAAGCUUUGGCUGAUUUUGCAGUUCUUAUUAGGAGUCUCAAACAGACCAUCCCUGGAGCUCAGACUAGUCCUGUUAUUGCUAUUGGUGGCUCCUAUGGAGGAAUGCUAGCAGCCUGGUUUAGGAUGAAGUAUCCAAACAUUGUUGUUGGAGCUCUUGCUGCUUCUGCUCCAAUCUGGCAGUUUGAAAAUUUAACGCCAUGUGGAAGCUUCUGCACUAUUGUAACCAAUGACUUUUUGAAGAGUGGGCAAGGCUGUGCUGAAAGCAUCAAGAAUUCUUGGGAUGCAAUAAAUAACCUGUCAUCCACAGCGGAAGGUUUAACCUUUCUUUCCCGUACGUUCCAUCUCUGCUCACCAUUACAAGCAUCUGAUGUGGGAUCCUUCAAAUCAUGGCUGAUUGACACUUGGGUUAAUUUGGCUAUGGUGGACUACCCAUAUGAGGCCAACUUUUUACAACCUCUUCCUGCCUGGCCUAUUAAGGUUGUUUGCACCUUUCUUAAGGAUCCUUCACUAUCAGCAGAGUUGCUACUGCAAAACAUCUUUCAGGCUGUGAAUGUAUAUUAUAACUACACAGGCAAUGCAGAGUGCCUGAAUAUAUCGCAGACUGCAACUUCCAACCUUGAUGAUCAAGGCUGGUAUUACCAGACUUGUACAGAAAUGGUGAUGCCUUUCUGUUCAGAUGGAGUCAAUGACAUGUUUGAACCGGUGCCGUGGGACUUACAGUUAUUUUCUGAUACUUGCAAGAAAGAUUGGGGAUUACGUCCUAGACCUGACUGGAUCACUACACUCUAUGGUGGGAAAAAUAUCAGUUCACACAGCAAUAUUGUCUUCAGCAAUGGUGGCUUGGAUCCCUGGGCAAGUGGAGGGGUGACUAACUCGGUCUCUGAUACACUGAUUGCCAUAGUUAUUCCUGAAGGAGCUCAUCAUUUAGAUCUACGCUCUAGAAAUGAUAAGGACCCUAUCUCUGUCCGGAAAGCACGAGCUCUGGAAGUUGAAUAUAUUAAAAAGUGGAUUGAAGAGGCGAAAAAUACAUCAGUGUCAUUGUAAGAUGAAACAUACCCUUCUCUUAAUCAUUAAGCUAUAUUCUAAUUGGAAUAUAGUUCCUGAAUGUUACUGAUUUUUGACUAGAUUGCUGUAUAUUCCUUUCACAGCACAACUUGCUUUUCCUAAUUUACAACUGAUGUCUUCAUGUUACCUAGAAGAGAAAUUUUACAUUUUGCCUGUAAGUUUGUACUUGGUGAUGGUGUUCAGACUAUCUCAUCACCAAUGGAAAGGGCAUUUUUUUAACCUAAUGAAUUUUGUUUUGUAAUUUAAAUCAUACCCUGUUAAUUUGAUACCUACAUUUGCUAAUAUGAUUCAUAACUUUGAUUAGAUUAUUAACUUGUAUCUUGUAUUAAGAUUAUAUCUCUGAAUUAUAGUUUGCUGGUCAGACAGUUAGAUUCAAAUAUAAGUUGUGUUUCACUGGAUUUGUGAACAGUUCCAUAGUUCAGUGACUCCAUCUUUUCCCAUGUAAGAAUGUACUGGACUUGUAACUGAAAACACACUUGUUUCUCAUUGCUCCCUUCUUUCAUUCUACAUAUGUGCCUUUUGAUGUUACAUUUAUCCAGCAUUUAAAAGGUCUUAAAGAUUAUAUUUCUGUUAUUCCUGUUAUAUUUUCUUUAAAUAAAUCACAUGUCACUUUGUCGUGUAGGAAAUUUUAUAAAAUUUCUUUUAAUUCUUU